UUUGACCGAGGAUUCGAAGAAUACCCAACCCAAAUACAAAAACUGCAAAAACAUAAUUGGAAAAGUAGUUUCGCUAUUAAGUUGUAAAUUGUAAGGUAAUAACUAAUGUAACUAUGUCUACUGAAGAGAUUCACGAAGCUCUUGCUCCAAUUGCUUGGCUCGCUGGGCGCUGGGUCACUGAAGAGGGGAAAGGACAAUAUACACAUUUAAAAGAUUUUCAAUAUCAUGAAGUAUUAGAAUUUAUUUGUGUAGGUCAACCAAUGUUCAAUUACACAUCAACAUCGAAACACCCAGAGAGUAUGAAACCAAUGCAUCAAGAAAGAGGUUUUCUCCGUAUAAAACCUGGUACAAACGACUUGGCCUUCAUCGUCAGUCAUAAUUUUGGUCUCACUUCACUCGAAGAAGGUUCAGUAGAUUCUGUGAAAAAAGAAAUCACACUUGCUACUGCAAAUUUAGCUGCAAUGUCAUUUUCUAAGCCUCCUCAUGUUAAAAAGUUUUCUAGAAUAAUAAGAUUACUACAACCUAAUGUGUUGGAGGUUGAACUUUAUAUGGAAACUGAUAGCACUCCUUUGAGUAAACAUUUGCACGCAAUAUAUAGAAAGGAUUAAAAGAAAUAUUUAAAUACCAGCGCCAGCCAUGCUUUGCAGUUUCAUCUGUGUAACUUGUGAUCCCGUGGGAAUGUCGGGAUAAAAAGUAGCCAUUGUGUUAUUCUAAAUCUCCAGCUAUCUACAUACCGUUUUUUUAGUAAUCAGUUUUGCAAGAAAAAUGAACACAUCAAAAAGGGAUCCAUCCCUAUGAAUUUUCACAUUUGUACUAUUAGUUGCUUAGCAUUGCUAUAUAUCAGUUAGUUAGGUUAUUAAAUUUUAAGAUAAUAGAUAUAAGUUCUUAUGGUGUUUAUUGCAUCAGUUUAACCUAUUGUGAAUCUGCUUAUUUAAAUAUUUGUUAAGCUUUUCUAAUAAAUGUAUAAAGAAUACAGUAUUGAAA